UCGUUCCAGUAGCUUCUGUUGAUGUAUGGCACUUUUUUCCGGGACUCUCCAAGUUGGCUGGGCUGCCAAUAAAAAUGGACAAUUGGACGACCGGAAAAGGUCAUCUAAGAUCCAAUACUGGCGUUUGCGGUUUAUUAAACGUUUCCCAGAAAAAUGAAUUUAAGGCAAAACUACCUCGUGUUAGUCACAAAAGGUACAUCGAAUUGAUCCAACGGAAAUAUAAUUCUUCGAUUGAAGAAUCAAAACGUUUAUUCAAAAAAGUUUAUGGCUGUAAUAUUCCUCGUCAAGUUAGUGUUUUGAAUGAAGAAAUGGAGUGCAAUCCUCAUACAUUGCUUGAGACUGAUCAAGUUAUACCGGUACAUGUAAUCAUUGAGGAGACUGAUAGUGAUAUGACUUACAACCCUUAUAAACGUAAAGCUCCCACUCCUGCAGAGGGAAAUUAUAUAAUACCGAAAAAAAGGUGUUUUAAACCCAGAAUAAGUUGCAGCAUCUGAGAUUGUUUUUGCCUCAAGUUGCUUUGGUUGUAUUAAAAAUGUUGAACAGAUACACGAGUUGUAUUAUAUCGUGAAACUAUAAACGAGUACGUGAAAUUAUAUUUUAAUUUCAGUCUUUUGAAUAUUUGUUUUCUUCGGACUAACGUCAUCGAAAAUUGUUUUUGAAGCGUAUCCAUAACAUUGUUUUAAAUGUCUGUACAUAUUUAUUUAUAUUCAAUUAAUAAUAUUUAAUCACGGACAUUUCAUCAAACUAUACAGAAAAUCAUGAAAACUUUCACAUUGUUUUAGUAAUGUAUAAAUUAAUAUUUUUGGUUUAAACUUGAAAUGUGCAUCAUAACUAAAGUCAAAUUUAAAAUAAAAAAAUCUCUUAAAUCGAUGCCAUAAUUACGUUGAUCUAAUAGGCAUCUAAAAUUUUUCUUCUAGUAAAAUUUUACGAGGAACGUUUUCUUUGACGUUUUUCUUUUCCAAAUGCACAUUAAGCAUGUUUCUUUUGUAAAAACUUUUUUGUAUAAUCUCUAUAAGUUGUUCUCUAAAAUAACACAUUUUUGAGAAAAAUCAUGCUGUAUAUUUAAAAAUUAUAAAGUCCUGAGGGUAAUUUUUAACUACCAACAAUACAUACCUAGCAUA